CAAAUAUGCGAACCUAUCCGCGAGUAUAGCCAUCCCGUUCCUAGGGCCAAACACAGCCUUAAGAAAACAAUAACAGGGAUUGCUUUUCCACUGAUUUUGAUUCCAGAUCGGAAAGAGACGUUACUCGAAUCUCGUAUUUGUCGAUCUUAUAAUUGUCGAUGGCGGCCUUCAUCAAGCUGGAGGAUUCCCCAAUGUUUCAGAAGCAGUUAUGUUCUCUGGAACAUACAGCUGAUGAGUUGAAAGAUCGCUGUCAAAGACUAUACAAAGGAUGCAGGAAGUUUAUGGCAGCUCUUGGAGAUGCUUAUAAUGGAGACACUACCUUUGCAGAUGCCUUAGAAGCAUUUGGUGGUGGGCAAGAUGAUCCAGUCAGUGUCUCUAUAGGAGGCCCAAUCAUGUCAAAGUUUGUCAAUGCCUUUCGUGAGCUUGCUGCGUACAAAGAACUCCUUCGUACUCAAGUAGAGCAUGUGUUAGUUGAUCGGGUAAUGCACUUUAUGAACGUAGAUUUGCAAGAUGUGAAGGAGUCCCGCCAACGGUUUAACCAAUCUAUGGCUGCUUAUGAUCAGGCACGGGAGAAGUUUGUAUCUUUGAAGAAGAGUACUCGGGGGGACAUUGUUGCAGAGCUAGAAGAGGAUCUACAGAACUCAAAAUCUGCAUUUGAAAGAAGCCGCUUCAAUUUAAAAUGCAGGUAAAUGUGCUAAUGAAUGUUGAAGCAAAAAAAAAGUAUGAGUUUCUGGAAUCUAUAAGUGCAAUCAUGGAUGCUCAUCUAAGAUAUUUUAAGCUGGGUUAUGACUUACUGAGCCAAAUGGAACCGUUUAUUCACCAAGUUUUAACAUAUGCACAGCAGUCUAAAGAAUUGGCAAGCAUUGAACAAGAUAAACUUGAAAAAAGGAUUCAAGAAUUCAGGACUCAAGCGGAGCUGGACAGCUUGCAAGCAUCUAGUGACCUGGAGCCUUCAACAAAUGCUGAUGGCAUUCACAUUACCGGCUUGAGUUGCUACAAAGAUAUAGAAGCUCUUAUGCAGUCCACUGCAAGUGGGGAGGUCCAGACAAUCAAACAAGGUUAUCUGUUAAAGCGUUCUUCCAGUUUGAGGGGAGAAUUGAAAAGGAGGUUCUUUGUCCUUGAUAGUCAGGGAACCUUGCAUUAUUAUAGGAAUAAGGGUACCAAAUCUAUGGGUUCUAGCCAUCAUCAUACUGGUUCAGCUGACCAACAUAGUGGUGUGUUUAGUAGAUUCCGUACAAGGCACAGUAGGUCAUCAUCAUUUAAUGAAGAAAACCUAGGCUGUCAUACUCUUGAUCUUCAGACUGCGGCUAUAAAGAUGGAUGCCGAAGAUACAGAUUUACGACUUUGCUUUCGAAUAAUUUCUCCAUUGAAGACAUACACAUUGCAGGCUGAAAAUAGGGCUGACAGAAUGGACUGGGUAAACAAAAUAACUGGAGUUAUCACAUCCCUAUUGAAUUCUCAUUUACUGCAACAGCCUCACUUCAGAAGAAAGUGUCUGGAAAAUGAUGAUUCUGCUUAUAGUGCUUCUUCUGAUGUUAGGUCACUUGAUGGCCAUAAUAAUAGUUUAGAGAAUGACACAGUAGUCAGUGCUGCUGAACCUGUGUCUGUAGUUCUCCAACAAAUUGCUGGAAAUGAUACUUGUGCAGAGUGCGGUGCUCCUGGACCUGAUUGGGCAUCUCUAAAUCUUGGCAUAUUGUUAUGCAUUGAAUGCUCUGGUGUUCAUCGGAAUCUUGGGGUUCACAUUUCAAAGGUGAGAUCUUUGACGUUGGAUGUGAAAGUUUGGGAACCUGCUAUAAUGGAAUUAUUUGGCACUUUGGGCAAUGCUUAUUGUAACUCUAUAUGGGAAGGAGUAUUACUUGAGGAUGAAAGAGUUGAUAAGCCAGAAAUUGUUAGCGCAUCAAUUACAAAACCUUGCUCCAAUGACUCCAUUUACAACAAGGAGAAAUACAUUCAUGCUAAGUAUGUUGACAAAGCGCUAAUCAUCAGAGAUGCAACUCAAUCUGGUACUCUUCCUGGCGCCACAAAUAUCUGGCAAGCAGUUAAGGCUCAUAAUUUACGAGAAGUAUAUCGUCUAAUUGUAGUGUCAGACAUCACUAUUGUCAAUGUCACCUUUGAUGAUGUCAUUGGUGUGGAUUUGCAUCACCAUAUUGUUGAUGUGCAAGACUCACUACUUGAAGGUGAAAAAAGAGAAAAAGCAGAGUAUGAUCCAGCUGUUUGUCAGAGAAUCAAUGACAACAACGAGCCAGGGAAUUGUCUACAAGGUUGUUCGUUAUUGCAUCUGGCAUGUCACUGUGGCAACUCCGUGAUGCUUGAACUUUUGCUGCAAUUUGGUGCUGAUAUAAACAUGCGUGACUCCCAUGGCCAGACUCCUUUGCACCAUUGCAUUGCCAUGGGGAACAACCUAUUAGCAAAGUUUCUACUUCGAAGAGGUGCAAACCCAUCAAUUAAAGAUAAUGGAGGACUAAGCGCGUUAGAGAGGGCAAUGGAGAAGGGAGCCAUUACAGACGAGGAGCUAUUUAUUAUGCUUGCCGAAUGCUAGUGAAGCAUAUGCAGCCUACCUAAAUGAGAGUCGGCUCUCAUCCUUGGUUUUCAUUUAUAUAUUGACCAUUUGUUUUUGUUGUCAGCAGACUAUAAUAAUUACGAGUCUUCUGUCAACAUUGUCAACUAAUGCUUUGUACCCUUUCUAUAAACUAGACAUGGUUCUUAUUUUUCAUCCCACACUGGAUUGUGAUGCAAGGUAUUUAUUGGCAAUUGAAUUUCAUGGACUGAGUAGUCCAAAAGUGUAUGUACUUCAAUUGAAAGUCGAUUCCACAGAACGUUUUCAGUGC